AUGGACGAGCACAGUCAGGGUCGACGGUUUAGUCAAGACACACUGAGCGAUUCCCAGGGGACGAGAUAUGCGUCACUUGGAACCUCUGCCUCGCAGCAUGAGUUGCUCUCCGACGCCUCGACAGAACGAUACCGCCAUGGGCCGCAGCAACAACUCGGGUUAUCUUCCUCGGCGCGCACACUUGAAAGUAGUGCUGGCGCUGACGGCGAAUACUACUCGGAUCCAAUGUCGACGUUUUCUGGUUCGACAAAUUUAACGGCAACACAGAUGCCUUACGGGCCCGGCUAUACUCCUGGCGGUACUGAAGCAGCCGCGCGACAGCAGCAGCAAACAGCCGGGUUUGGCAGCUACAACGCAAGCAUGAUGAUGUACAGUGUACCGCAAACGAACGCGCAAACUUCGAUUUACACUACACCGCAAUAUCCCCCCUCAUUAUCGUCUAGAAAUCACCCCAUGUCAUCCACGCCACUGCUACCCGACCAGUCAGAUGUAAAUCCGUCAUAUUUUGGAGAGGCAGGGGUUUCUCCCGGAACGACGUCGCUAGAGCAUAGUGCAAACAGCGCAUCGACAACAGCAUAUUACCAGGAUGUUCCCGCUCCAUUUCACUGCGCCGGAGUAGCAGCGGCAGAAAGCAGCAGCGGCAGCGUUAGCGGUACCAGCGCCCUCACGAGGGUGGAAAGCAUCUAUCACCUCGCCGAUCUAAGUACCAGCAGCUCAGCCGCAAUGGCCGAGACUUCCGGUCCGGAUAGGACUGCUGAGUUUGUGGAAAAGUGGCAAGAAUACCAGCGGCGACUGGCCAACCUCUUUCAGGAUAUCAAGAAUGGGAAUCUAGAAAGGGCGGCUGAGGGGCUAUUGAGCGUGUCUUUUUGGCUCUUGUCAAGAGUGGAAGAACUAGGCCUCACCGAAGACGACGAAGACCUUCACAAGGACCGCCUAAAGCUAUGGCAAGAUUUCAACCACGCGUGGCUCGCGCUCGUUUUCAAGCAAAAACAGUACAUGACGCGGGCUGAUCCCAGCAUGAUAGUGCUACAACCUCUAUCGAUACGGACUAUUAAGAGAAUGGGUGACGAGCUGAUUCGCCUCUGCGACGGCAUCGAGCGGCAUGGCCUAGUUGAUUACCAAUUUGGUGUCUGGGAGGAUGAAAUAGAGACGUUGCUCGAGGACUGCCUAACGCUUUUCGAGGAGAGGGACGAGGAAGCUCGCCGCCGAGACGAGGCCAAAAAAUAA